CACACAAAGAGGGAUGAACUUCUUUCGAAGCCGUGAUUGGUCAACUUGCAAUGAUGUCAUGAAUUAGUUACGAUUCUCAGGAAGCGGGAAACAAAACUUCGACUUGAGUAAACUUCAUCACGUUGUUUUAGCUACUGUCCAAAAAAAUCCAAAGUCUUCUCUAUGGCAGGCGAGAAAGAAAUAUGGCAAAAGAUCGGAGAGGGCUUUGUUCAGGAGUAUUACAACCAGUUUGACAAUACCAACAGGAUGGGACUUGCUAAUCUCUAUUCACCCGAGGCCUGUCUGACCUGGGAAGGAUCACCGUUUCAAGGAAGAGAAGCUAUUGCUAACAAGCUAGUUAGCCUGCCUUUCAAGCGGAUCAAGCACAUCAUUACAGAGCAAGACUCCCAACCAACUAUUGACAGUUGCAUCCUCAUCAUGGUCUUUGGACAGUUACAGGCAGACGAUGAUCCACCAAUGGCCUUUCAUCAGGUGUUUAUGCUGAAAUCCCAAAACUGUGGAUGGUCUUGCACAAAUGAUGUGUUUCGGUUGGGCGUGCAUAAUAUUCCGGUGUAGUGAUCUGGAUUUCUCGUACAUGUAUAACAACCUGUUCCGGAUUUGCUUUGUUGUCAUUCUGCGAUUUAAACAGAGCACUGCUUAAAAAGUUUGAUAAAGAAAUCUCAAAUGCUGUAAUUUCUUUGUAGCUGCUAUGCAAAAUAUCAUUCCUAUCAAAUUAAAAAAAUGUAUUCAUCUGAA